AUGACUCAGCACGGUCAAGAACACCUGAGGUCCUUGCCAAAGUUCAUCUUCCGGCCUCGCACAGGGCGUAUCAACUGGAGGCUACUGCAUUCUCUGGAUUUGGACAGAGUCGUUCGCGAAGGUGAUGUUGACACCAUUCAGGCGUACAUGGACAACAUCACCUACUCGCGCUUCAGCCGCGAGGACCUGGAUGUGACUAGCGAUGAUGGCCUCAUCAAGGUAGUGCAGCUGGCGCAGCUUUGCAUGGAGUUCCUGAACUACAUGUGCGCGUCCUCGCAGCAACUGAUCCAGGGACUCUCCGAGCGAGUUCGCGUUCAGGCAGCGCAGCUGAAGGCUACGGAUGCUGGCCGGCGGCGGAGCAGGCCCCGACGGAGCUCCCCUCGAGAGCCCCGCGGGCCACCGCUAGGCGUGGCUCGCAAGUGCCAGUAUUGCUCCAAGCGUUUUCAGUCGGAGCAGUACCUCAACGAGCACUUGCUGAGGAGGCACAUGGCGGACGCCUUCCAGGUGCCAGAGAAAGCUAUGUCACCUGUGCCCCACGAGCCUGCCGAGCUUAGCCCAGUGAGGGGUCCAGGCCUGGAGGCUGCUGACAUUUCGGAGGUCUUGGAGGGUGCCACUCAGAAGCUCCACGACCAGCUGGAGGGCAGUCUCAAGUCCCAGCUUGGUGAGGUGCAGCGAGAUUUCCAGGACGCAUUGAAGCGAAUGCAGGGUCAAGUUGCAGAAGAUCUCGGACGGAUGCGCGACGAUGUUGGAAAGCUACAAUCGGCCCCGCGCGAGGCCGAGCCGCCGCUCCCCCCUUCGUCGAAAGGCCCCGAGUUCGACCCAGCAGAGCUGGAGAAGCGCAUGGACCGAAGGAUCGAGGACUUGCACGAAGAGACCAGGAAGCUCCUGGACGACGUGGCCCGCAAAGCCGCGCAAGCCGCUUCGGAGAAGCUGCUUGCAGAAAAGGUGCCCGGACCGCCUGGGGCCCCCGCGCCGCCGGCGCACGCGGGCCUGGACUCCACGGAGAUGCUGAAGCAGCUCCAAUCCCUGAUAAAGGAGGAGUUUCAGCAGCAGCUGGCGGUGCAGCAGGCUGAGGUGUCGAAGGCGACAGCAGCAAGUUUGGAGGCAGCCGACGCAAUCAGGAAGCUUCCAAAACCAACGCAGGCGGCACCAUUGCUGGACGUGGUCACCAAGGACGCACCUCCACCCCGCCAGGCGUCUCCGGAACCUUCCCUGGAACCCAGCGAGGAGAUUCUCAGCCAGCCGCCUGAGCCGCCCAAGCCUGCAGAGCCCCGACAAGUCGAGGCAGUGGAGGUGCCGGCCAAGGCGGAGCCACCAAGACCGCAACCCCUUGACCUGCCAGAAGACACCCCGCAACCGUCGGAAGCCACACUACCAGCAGAGCCCGUAGAGCCUGCGGAUCCCGGCUGGGGUGCCAUGGAUCCGAACUAUCAGAAGGCGCUGAAGGAGAUGCUCGCCCAAUGUCGGACAGAAGAGGAGAGGCUGCGCUUCAUGGUGUCCAUGGCUACGGAAAGGACGCGCCCACGGAAACCGAGGAACACGGAGCCUUCCAACUUGGAGCUGCAAUGGGGCGCCCUCCUUUCCCCGAAAGAUGCCCAGCGCGCAAAGCGCCCGUCCUUGACUGAAGAGGCCAAAGAGGUCGAGGCUGAGGAGAAGGCGGAGAAGGUGGAACAACCGCAGGCGCAACCCAAGCCAACAGGUCCACAGAAGAAAGACCCCUCGGAAAAGCGCGAGACUACCCUGACCCGACGGGCCUUUGCAGGAGGACUGGCAUCUUUCCUGCAGCGGUGCCGCCCAGACCUGAUGGCAGCGCCAGCUCCUUCGACCUCACCUGCGCCUGAAGCAGCCGGAACGAUGCUCGCCGAGGCAGCGGCGACGGCAUCAACAGCUGUACCGGCCAGCCUGUCUGCAUCGUCUGUAUCUGCACCACUGGCUCUUCCUCCUGCGGGCGCACCUUCCAAGCCGGCGCUGCCGGCCUCCUCUGGGCCUCCUGUACCCUUGCCUCCUCCUUCGGGUCCCCCAGUGGCUGCUAAAGCCAUUGAGGCUCAAGCACCACAACCAAUGCUGCAGCGGGCUGCUUCGGCGUCGGUGGACACCGUAGGCGCUGCGGACUCAUCGACUGCCUUUGUAGCGCCUGCUGGAGUGGCCAAGCUUGCGGCGUCUCCCCAGCCUCCGGCAGUUCCGCCAACGUUGCCAGGGCCUCCGGCGGCCACGCCAGCACCAAAGACCACAACGCCCACGCAACCUCUCGGACCUGCCCCCACAACUUCUGGAACACCUUCCCCGGCCCCCCCAGCACCCAAAGCACCCAAUGCGUCGGCACCCGCUGCACCGGCACCCCCUGCCACAAGCGCAAGCGCUGAGCCCGGAAGGCCUCCGGCAACUGUGCCCCCCGCAGCAACUGCGCCUCCUGCGGCAACUGCGCCCGCUGCGGCAACUGUGCCCGCUGCGGCCACUGUGCCUGUGCCAAAGCCAGCGGAUGCAACUGUGCCAAAGCCUCCUAGCGGUCCUAGCGCGACAGUGCCAAAGCCGCCUGCAGGCGGACCUCCGCCACCAGAGCCUCCAAAGCUUCCCAGUGCUGCUGCGCCUGUGCCAAAGUUGCCAACUCAAGCAGCACCAGUACAAGCAGUACCCAAGCCACCCUCCGACGCGGCCGUGAAGCCCCUGGGCGCUGCCCCAUUGCCCCCUUCACUCGGGGCGGCUCCGAAGCCACCGGCAGCAGCGCCCAAGCCCGCAACAGCGGCACCAGUGACGCUGGCUCCAGCAGCUGGUGCUCCCGCUCCCACUCCCGCGAAUCCCGCGCCGGCGCAGGAGCAGCCAUCUGCGACUGUGGGCCCUCCUCGCCCUACGUUGGACUCCAUCUCGGAGCGACCGGCCGUCAGCCCACCAGCUGGCACUGAACGGGACAACGUGGUGCCUCUCACAGGUAUUGGAGGCGCUUCCAGCAGCUUAUCUCCACCUGCAGCGCCCACAUCUUCCCAGCCAGUUUCCGAUGAGGUCCGCCCCAUCGGGGACUUGUCCUUCGCCAGCGUGUCCGACACAGCGGAUGCCACCUGGGUUGGGCCGACCUUCCAGCCCAAAGCGGGUAAGCCAAGUGGGAAUGAGGGCACCUCCUGGGCUGGAACUGCGCAGAGCUCAAUCAAACCAUUCUCGCCCAUGAGCGAAUCGUCAGUGCAGAGCUUCGAUGGGGGCCCAGCGACUGCAGGCCGUGAGGAAAGCCCGGACAUGAUCCGCCCUGGCACCUUCCGGUCCUCUCCAACCGUCGUUGAUGACAUCGAGGAGGAGUCCAUGUGA